GUUCGGUCUUCAGUGCAGCACCAGCCAGCAAAGCGAUCGGUUCAGUUUCAGUUCAUUCGGAGAUCCAGAGCCUCUACAGAAAAGUAAUUUCAUAAUAAUGGGCAGCAAGCAGCCUCCGCCGUACAGUGAGCAGCAAGGAUUCACACCCGCACAGACCUAUCAGCCCGGUGGUCCCACCCAGCCACCACUGUAUCCACCGAUGCCAGGGCCACCGCAAGGCUCCACGGUGAUCAUCCAGACCACGACGACCUCCAACCUGGUGCCCAUCGGCAGUGGGCCCACCCGAAUCUGCUGCCCCUCCUGCCAUGCCGAAGUCCUGACCACCGUGAAGGCCACUCCCUCGGGCAGGACACACUGCUGGGCCCUCAUCCUGUGUCUGUUCGUCUGCUGGCCCUGCGUCUGUCUUCCUUAUUGCAUGGAUUCCUGCCAGAAUGCCAACCACUACUGUCCCAACUGCAGUGCCUACAUCGGCACCUACGAGAACUAAUGUCUUUUUACGCAUACCUACCUAUAAAGAAACCUACAAAUUAGCGCCAUAUUCCAACGAAACUUAACUGUAAAUAUACUUGUACGACCGUCACACAUUAAACAUGAGAUUCAAACAGGAAAA